GUGCCUUCCUUCCUUCAAUGACUUCAAUGAUAUCGCAAAUAAAGAACCGCCUCCCAACACACAAACACACCUCCCUCCCUCCCCUCCCCUCUCCUCCCCCUCUCUCUCCCUCUCGGGUCCUCAGCCAAGAGGCGCUGCGGCAAAAUGUCAUAUUUCACUGGCUGUGCUCUCAGAGGACGACCUCCCCUCUACUGUACACCUCCUGCACAUCUGCUGCUGCGCUUCUACUGUACUCCACCGCAGCUCCCCUUCCUGCUGAGGGGUCACUACUACUUCUUCUUCCUCCUCCUCUGCUGCUGCUGCUCCUCUGCGUCCCUCUGAGAGCCCCAGCGCAAGGAGAGGAAAAAAGUCACUCAUGAAGAUCUCCUGCAGGUGAUAGUGACUGAGAGGAGACUGGAGGCAGAGAUGACAGAGUUUUUGAAGGUUUUUGCUCCAUGCAGCACAGAAAAGUGAGUCUGAGCUGCAGUUUUAACUAAGACGACAAGCGAAGGGUCAGCACAACCGAACCAAGGAUCUCCACCCCUCAUCUCGUUUCAUUUUUUUAAAAUUAUUUUUGCAUUUUUUUACUGUAAGCUCCUGAAUGCAGGUUCCUUUUCCAUCACUCACGGUGCCAGCGUGGGCUCUUCACAGCCUCACGUCCUUCCUUUCCCCCCGUUUCUCCCGUUUCUCCGUCCAGCAGCAGUGCGUCUCGGCUGUGCGUAAAAGCCAAACCUUCCAAAUUCAUCCGAAACCUCUCCGAACCAGGCUGUGAGUGGGAUCAGCGUCACCAAAAGUACUUUCUAUCCACUCUCUGGCUUUCUCUAAAGCAGCCCAGCACCAUGGAUGUGUUUAAGAGCCGGCUGUUGGGGAUCUCUGUGGCCGUUGCGCACGGCAUUUUCUCCGGUUCUCUGAACAUCCUGCUGAAGUUCCUCAUCACUAAUUAUCACUUCAGCUUCCUGACGCUCAUCCAGUUCCUGACCAGCAGCACAGCGGCGCUCACAUUGGAGACCCUGAGGCGUCUGGGAAAGGUCCAGAUCCCUCCGUUCAGCACGCAGCUCUCCAAGGAGUUUGCCUCGGUGUGUAUCCUCUCCACGCUGCAGUCCACUCUCACUCUGUGGUCUCUGCGAGGCCUCAGCCUGCCCAUGUACGUCGUGUUCAAGCGUUGCCUGCCGCUCUUCACGCUCAGCAUCGGAGUGUGUGUGCUGAGGAACGGCGUGCCGUCUGUGGGCGUGGUGAUCGCCGUGCUCAUCACCACCGGUGGAGCUGCACUGGCCGGUGCUGGUGAUCUCACUGGUGACCCCUUCGGUUACGUCACUGGUGUUUUGGCUGUGAUCAUCCACGCCUCCUACCUGGUUCUGAUCCAAAAAACCAGCCAUGACAGUGAAUACGGGCCACUUACUGCGCAGUACGCCAUCGCCAUCAUGGCCUCACCGGUGCUGCUGGUUUGCUCCGUCAUCUCCAUGGAUGCAGUCAACAUGUGGUCCUACGAGGGCUGGAAUGACCCUCACAUCACCGUCAUCUUCGUCUUCUGCAUCUUCAUCGGCUGUGCCAUGAACUUCACCACGCUGCACUGCACCUACAUCAACUCAGCCGUCACCACCAGCUUCGUCGGCGUGGUAAAGAGCAUCGCCACCAUCACCGUCGGCAUGCUGGCGUUCACCGACGUCGCACCAACCGGACUGUUCAUCGGCGGCGUGGUGGUGAACACCGUCGGCUCAAUCACCUACUGUGUGGUGAAAUACUUUGAGACAAAGAAGAAGAGCUUGUACGAGGACCUGGAGGAGGCUGGGAAGGAUGGCACGCUGCCUGGGGAGCCUUACCAAGAGAAACCGCCGCUUAAUGGCACCGGGCCUGCCCCCGGAUUUGAUCCAGGACAAUCUGAGAUAGAGGGAGUGUUGAGCAGUGAUGGGAAGGAGGAGACGGCGACGGCACAUUUGACUAACGGAGAGGUGUGGGCGGGAGACGGUGGACAAACAGACGGAGAAGGAGGCGUCAAUUCUCGUGUCAUGACGGAACAAGAGGUGCUGGAGAUGCAGCGGGAGCACCUCCACAAGGAGAGCACCGCUCCCGGUCAGUCGCUCAGUGACAGCUAUGUCGGGGUGUGGAGGUCCAUCAGGCACCUGCAGUUCAUGAAGAAAGAGCCUUUAAUCGAUAACAUGGAACAACAGAGUCCGUAGAGUGGGACAGAGACCUCAACAGACUCUAGAGAAGAACACAGGAAAUAAAGUCUGCUGAAGAAACCAGCAGAGAAGAAAACGAUAGACUGAACCUCCACUGUUCGUCCACCAGGAACCUCUUUUAUUAGCUUCAGCGGUGCUUAACAAAUGCUUGUUGGUCAUGCUGUUGCUGUGAUACCUCAAUGACAGUUUUUUGUGCUUCAAUGCUCAAUUUCAUCACCCAGGACUGAAGAACAGGCAGUUAAAAGUAAGAAGCAGAAAGUAAUUUUCUUUGCUCAUGAUGAGAGUGAAAAGAGGUUCCCGGCGGAGAGAAGUGGAUGAAGAGUUUUGGGAGAAGCUGCCUGUCAGUGAUAAAUUCUGCCUCUCGUCUCCUUCAGCUCUGCGACGUGCAGCGGGGACCACACAGGCCACGGCUAGCAUGAUUCGGUUUGCGUCCCCGCUGAUUAGCCAGCUAGCCAAACAACAGCAGGUCUUGUGCAAAACUUGUGCAAAACUCAAAUAUCAUCUCCAAUCAGGGAAGAGCUGAAGACACCUGAAAGUUUGCGUUUUGUGUAUGGUAUCGGUGAAUUUUAACUGGCUGUGGGUGUGCAAGUAAAUAGUUUAUGGCUGUGUUCACUCUGGGUUUGUUUGUUUGACUCUGGAAUUUGACCAUUUGUGUGUUUUCCAAUGAUCAUAAACACCGAACUGUCUGCACCCAUUGUGAUGGAAAAAGGAAUGAAAAUAACAAUAAUGUGGCAUCA